GACGAGCGGUGAGGCAAAGAGGAGCUCCAAAGAGGAGAGUCAGGUCACCUCCGUGGAGAGCCUCCCCGUUGACUGAAACCAAGAACAUCAGGAAGGUCCAUGAGCGUUUGGACAUAGCCUGCGCCGUGUGUGUGUGUGUGUGUGUGUGUGUGUGUGUGUGUGCGUCGCCAUGCUGCGGACGCUGCUCCCGGCGCUGUCGGCGCUCCUGCUACUGCAGACUCAGCUGUCUGUUUGCUUAAGAGAAUUACGCGGCGGGGGACCGAGCCCCCCUGUCGUCUACUCCGCAUCCUCCUACAGCGCCACCAGACAGCGGCUGCCGGGCGCUGUUAUCAUCGGCGUGCGGAAAGGCGGCACCAGAGCCCUGCUGGAGAUGCUCAACCUGCACCCGGACGUGGAAGUGGCAAAGACGGAGGUGCACUACUUCAACGUGGAGGAGCACUACCGCCAAGGCCUGGCUUGGUAUCGAUCCCAGAUGCCCUUCACCCUGCCCAGCCAGCUGACAGUGGAAAAGACCCCCGGCUAUUUUGCGGCUCCACAAGUCCCCGCACGAGUCCGGGCCAUGAACCCCGCCGUCCGCUUGCUGCUCAUCGUCCGCGACCCGGCCGAGAGGCUCAUUUCCGAUUACACCCAAGUCCUCCACAACCGCCUGACGCGCCACAAGCCCUACCAGCCUUUGGAGGAGCUCCUGCUCCACAAGGGCUACAUUGACCCAGGCUACAAGGCGCUACAGAGGAGCCUGUACCACCAGCACCUGGCCCACUGGCUGGAGGUCUUCCCCCGUGAGCAGAUCCACAUUGUGGACGGUGACGCUCUCAUCCGAGACCCCUUCCCAGAGCUGAGAAAAGCCGAGAAGUUCCUGCAGCUGCCGCCUAGAAUAAGCCUGGACAACUUCUACUACAACACCACCAAGGGCUUCUACUGCCUCCUGUCUGCGGGACACGACAAGUGCCUGGACGAGUCCAAAGGUCGGCCGCACGCGCCCCUGAGCGCCCAGACCUUCCGGAAGCUUUGUCACUACUUCAAGAAGCCCAACAAGAUGUUCUUCGACAUGGUGGGGAGAUCGUUCUCCUGGUGCUGACACAUUCAGGGACAACACCGAUACAUGACGGAUGAUCGCGCUCAGGUAAAAAUGGCUGACAGGGGCGACACAUCUUUGGAUGUGUGUGAAGAUGCGGCCAACACGCACCUUCCCCACCCGUGCUGGUGCCUCCAGCCGAGCCACACGCAACCAGCACUUCUUCCACAGCGUCUUUAAAACACGCAGCGUUCAACUCAUGUAGAAAACAGACACGAGAACUGUUGCACUAUGAACUCUUCAGCGAUGCAAACUGUACUUUUACUUUUUUCAAAUGUUUUGUUACAUUAGGGUGACUUAUGGAUGUCCUGUAAAUACAUCUAUUUUUAGAUGCACCUUUUUUGUUUGCUUCAAGACUAACGUCUGGUUUGUAUGUGUGUUUUGUAAACCUGUCAAAUAAAUGUGUACAGCUGAAAGGUG